GUCGGAGUAGAGUUUGGGAUGGGGAGUUUUUGACCUGAGGAUGGUACUGUAUGAAGAGGAGGCGAGAGCAGGAAGCCAGUGAAGAGAGGAGAUGAAGUACAAGAAGUUCAUCACCAUCAUGCAGGCCGCCAUUGGCAUCGCACCACUGAACAAGAGAGAACUCCUCCCCCCCGGCAGGAAGCUGUGGAGACCCCCAGAGGAGCAGUCCAGCGGUGAUCUGUUCCACUCCAGCUGUUCGUGGGAGAAGUUCUACUGGACCAAAGAAGCUCAGUACUGGUGUCUGCGUCGGCUCUCCGCACCCAGCCACUGCCCCAUCAUCAAGAACCCAGUCAUGGAGGAGGUGGUGUGGGAACAAUACACAGUCACCCUCCAGCGUGACCCCAAGAUGGGCUUUGGGAUCGCGGUGUCUGGGGGGCGAGACAACCCUCUGGAGGAUACAGGGGAGAUGUCAAUCGUCGUGUCUGACGUGCUGCCAGGUGGCCCCGCUGAAGGACUGCUCUUUGAGCGUGACCGGGUGAUGCAGGUGAAUGCGGUGCGCAUGGAGGGUGUCCAACACUCCUUUGCGGUACAGACCCUCAGGAAGUGCGGCAAAGUGGCCAAAAUCUUGGUAAAGAGACCACGGAAGGUUCCUGCAGCUGUUUUGACCAGGCAACCGUCCCCUGAUGACCGCGUGUUCAGUGGCGACUAUAACGACGACUAUGACGACAGGCGGAGUGCCUACAGCGGCCGAGGGCCCGGGCAUCGAGACGGCAGCCUGGAGCGCGACAGCAGGCGGGGGGACCGUGACUUCAGCCCCGACCGCUCCUAUGUCAGAGGCGAUCCGCGUUACCGCAGCGACCGGACUCUUGACAGAGACCACAGUCCCAACCGCCGUCAUCGUGGUGACCAAAGCCCUCCUGACCGCCGGUACCGCAGCGAGAGAGCACUUGACCGAGACUACAGCCCUGACCGCCGUUACCGUAGUGAGCGCACUCUGGAUCGGGAGCGUAGCCCAGAGCGGCGAUACCGCAGUGAACAUGCCCUGGAACGCUCCCACAGCCCAGCCAAUAGUUACAGACGUGAGCGAGCACCGAGCGACCACAGUGAGCGUCGCUAUGACUCGUCCCACCAGCAGGAGGCGAUCAGGAGGGGCGGCAGCCGCGAGCAUCUGGACCACCCCGGACCACCCUCCCCCCCUCAACGCCAGCGGCAACCACUGGAACCCCCCGUUAGCGUCUUACUGCUCAAAAAUCGCCCCAACGAAGAGUAUGGCCUGCGGUUAGGCAGUCAGCUGUUUAUUAAAGAGAUGAGCAGCACUGGUAUUGCGUCCAAAGAGGGAAGCCUGCAGGAGGGAGACAUCAUCCUCAAGAUAAAUGGCACGGUGACUGAAAACCUGUCCCUGGGUGACGCGGGCCAUCUGAUAGAGAAAUCCCGCGGGCGGCUGCAACUGACUGUGCAGAGGGACAGGCAGCAGGUGCUCGUCAGGAUUCCGCCCAUGGAGGACAGCGACUCCGAGCUGGACGAUAUCUCUGAGAUCGAGUCAUACCGUUCCUACUCACCUCAAGAUGAUAGACGUGGCCACCAAUCAGAUCUUUCCUCCCAUUCAUCUAACGAGAGGCUACGAGACAGACCAAGGGAUGGCCCCCCAAGUCGACUGGCUAAGAUGGGCGCCAUGGCAACUCCCUUCCGCCCUCCUGAGGAGAAGGCCCCGCCCCCACUGCAGAGGGAGGCGCCAGGAGACACUGAGGCGGAGCCAGAAGCAGCCCCUCCCUCCCCUGAGGUCACUGUUCCCCCAAAGGUCAACCCCGUCACAAAGCCCCUCCCCGUCUCAAAGCCCCUCCCUAAACCCCCCCUUAAGCCUAGUGCUGAGGACCUAGAGAUCUACGGCCCCAACACGGUGAUGGUGCGUUUCCAGAAGACGGACAGUGUGGGCUUGCGUCUGGCGGGGGGGAAUGAUGUGGGCAUCUUCAUCGCCGAGGUGCAGGAUGACAGUCCAGCCGAGGUAGAGGGACUGCGUACGGGAGACCAGAUCAUGAAGGUGAAUAAUGUGGACUUCAGGGGGAUGGUGCGGGAGGAUGCUGUGCUGUUGCUCCUGGAGAUACCUAAAGGAGAUGACGUCACCAUCCUCGCUCAGAGCAAGCCUGACGUGUUCAAAGACAUUGUGGAUUCAGGACGAGGGGACAACUUCUUUGUACGCACCCACUUUGAGUGUGAGAAGGAGGGGCCACAGGGCCUGGCGUUCGGGAGAGGGGAGGUGCUGAAGGUGGUGGACACGCUCUACGAUGGCAAACUUGGCCACUGGCUGGCCAUCCGCACGGACAAGGACAACCAGCUGAUGGAUAAGGGCACCAUACCCAACAAGAGCAGGGCGGACCAAAUGUCUAAUGUCCAGCAGGUUCAGCGCAUGGCGACUGGUGGUGACCGGGGAGACUUCUGGCGGCUCAGAGGUCAAAGGGCAGCGAAGAAGAAGGACUUGCGGAAGAGCCGAGAGGAUCUGAGCGCCCCCUCACUGACCACUCGCUUCCCCGCCUACGAGAGGAUUGUCCUGAGAGAGGCUGGAUUCAGGAGACCUGUUGUGUUGUUUGGACCCAUUGCUGAUGCAGCUACAGAGAAACUGACCAAUGAGUUUCCUGAAGAAUUCGUCAUUGCUAAAACGGAGGCCAAAGAUGCCGGCUCAGAGGCAUCUGCAGGAGUGGUGCGACUCAACACCAUUCGUCAGAUCAUCGAGCAAGACAGACAUGCCGUACUGGACGUGACCCCUAAGGCAGUGGACACUCUGAACUAUACGCAGUGGUACCCCAUCGUGGUGUUCCUAAACCCAGACAGCAAGCAGGGCGUUAAGACCAUGAGGAAACGCCUCAUGCCCUCCUCCAACCGCAGCGCACGCAAACUCUACGAACAGGCCGUCAAAUUACGCAAGACCUGCAGCCACCUCUUUACAGCCACCGUAGACCUGAACUCCGCCCAUGACGCCUGGUACGGAAGCCUGAAAGAGUCAAUCCGGGAGCAACAAGACCGCGCCGUCUGGGUUUGUGAGGGCAAGCUGGAGGGCUCUGACGAGGACCUGGAUCUCCAGGACGACUGCAUGUCCUACCUGUCGGCAAUGAGCGCGGAUUACCUGAGUUUGGACAGCCGACUGACCAGUGACUAUGACGACACGGCAGAUGAGGGCGGAGCCUACACCGAUAAUGAGCUGGACGAGCCUAUGGACGAGCCGCAGGUGUCGGCAAUCAGCCGCUCCUCCGAGCCCGUCCAGCCCGAGGAGUGUCAGCGUGAGCGUCCUCAGCCCCGUAUGCGGAGGUCCGGCAGCAGAGAGGUGCUUCGUGAGCCGAGUCCUCCCCCCUCAUUCGUCCCUGAACCCCCACGGGUGCGUCUGCAGUCCCGCGGCGAAUCCCGAGACUCUCCAUCCAGCAGCACGAUUAGCAGUGAUGCGGGACCCUCUGGGGCUAAGCCCCUCCCCCCUCCUGUGGCUCUCAAGCCCUCGCUUCGCCCAGUCCCCGCCUCCAGCUCCGCCUCCCCACAGGGGGACGAGACGGACCCUGCUAGCCGCUCCUUCAUGGGGAAGGUGAAGGCCUUUGAGCAGAUGGACCAUCUGGCGAGAGCCCAGCGCCUACUUGAGCUCAAGGAGGCCGAGCAAGCACGGCUGGAGAUCUCUCAGAAGCAUCCUGACAUCUAUGCCGUUCCAUUGAAGCCAAAACCAAACCAUAACCGGCCCCAACCAAUCGGAUCCAGUGCUAACUCAGACCACCUAGCCACGGGGUCUCGCCCUAACAGCCGUGAUGAUGAGGAUGAGGAAGAGUAUCGCCGGCGGGGGUCUGACCAAUCACGACGAGGAUACUACAGUCCCCAGAAGUACAACGACACAGAGCUGUAGACUACGAUUCCCAGCAUCCCACAGGGACAUCCAAUCCCAGGCGUUUUUUUUAUACAUGACUGGAGCAUUAGCUCGAUGUAAAUAGACUCCAACUCCUUGGGGAUUCUGUUAAGUUUCCAUCUUUUAGUGUUUCUGUCUUCUGCCAUUAGUGUCUCCCUCUUAGACCUCUAAAGUGUGUGUGUGUGUGUGAGUGUGUGUGAUAUAUACAGUGUAAAUCUGCCUAAGUGCCUUUAGAGAGUUUCCCAAACCAGAAAGGAGUGAUUUGAGAGACACACACACACACACACACACACACACACACACACACACACACACACACACACACACACUCUUAUACAAAUUUUAGGGGAAUGUAGGGGAGAUGGUGUUUGUGUGUGUGUGCGUGCUGGCAUGAUGGCACUGUAGCUCUACGAGUCUCACUUUUGUUCCUGUAGGAAUUCAUGUUCUGUCUUUAUAUUUCAUGACAAAUGGAUGUAGAAUUGAAAUGGAUGUUUUUAGCUUUUACACAGAAAUAAACACAAAUAAAUAAACAACACAUAAAUAAAUAACACAUCGGUCA